GCAGGAAUCAGGAAUAUAUAAUUAUGGUCAGAUUUGCCAAAUGGAGGGUGGGGGAGGGCUUUGUUUGCAUCUCUGUGUGUGGGUUAAAGGUGGUCUAGGAUUUAUUUAUUUUUUUCCUGGUUGCACAAUUUCCUUGGUUGCACAAUUUGGUAAAACUGAUUUAAGUUUGCCUGCAUUAAAGUCCGGCCACUAGGAGCGCCACUUCUGGGUGAGCAUUUUCUUCUUUGCUUAUGUUUUUAUAGCGUUGGUUGAGAGCAGUCUUAGUGCCAAGCUUCGCUUUGUGGUGGUAAAUGGACAGCUACGAAUAAUACAGAGUGCGGUUGACAGCUUAUCGUAAGGGUACUCUACUUCAGGAGAACAAUACCUCGAGACUUCUUUAAUAUCAGACAUUUUGUACCAGCUGUUAUUGACAAAAAUACACACACCCCCACUGCCGGUGGGUGGAAAAUCCCACCAGCUCUAUAUUGUCCGUUUCUUCGUUCAGCCAUGUCUCGGUGAAACAUAAAAUGUUGCAGUUUUUAAUGUCCCGUUGGUAGGAUAAUCUUAAUAUUAGGUCAUACAUUUUAUUUUCUAACCAUUAGCAAUAAUGUUGGCAAGAAGAAUGGAAGGCAUUGGGAGUUCACUCGCUCGCCUCCGGAAUCUCAGAAGGAUCCCCAAUCUACGUCCCCUUUUCUGGCGUCUUUUCUUCACGCAAAAGGCGUGGAUCUGGGCCUGUUCCGGUGAAAGCAGGAUAUCUUUCUCGUCGGACUCGUUAAAGGAAAAGGUUUCUUCCAGUCUGCGAUGAGUAAUCGCUUUUCUGAUGUCCAGAAGUUAUUUUCGGUCAUAACAUACGCUUGGGUGGGCUCCCUCUCCAUGGGGAUGAUCUUCUUCUGUUCUCCCAUCGUCAGCGUCUUCACAGACUUGUUGGGCUGCAGGGUGACAGCUGUGGGCGGAGCCGCCGUGGGCCUGGUGGGACUGCUGGCCAGCUCCUUCGUCACGUCCCUGGGUCCCAUGUACUUCACCUACGGCAUCGUGUUCGCCACCGGCUGCUCCUUCGCCUACCAGCCCAGCCUGGUGAUCCUGGGACACUACUUCAAGAAGCGCCUGGGCCUGGUCAACGGCAUCGUGACGGCCGGCAGCUCUGCCUUCACCGUCACCCUGCCCUUCCUCCUGUCCGGCCUGCUGGAGAAGGUGGGCCUGCAGAACACCAUGAGGCUCCUCAGCAUCCUCAUGUUCAUCCUCAUGCUGGCUGGGUUAACCUACACUCCCCUGCUGCCCAAGCCUGUCAGCAGCAACAAGCCAGGCAGCCGCUGCCCGCCCAUGAGCAAGGUGUUCAACGUCAACAUCUGGAAGUCUCUGGGCUACCGGAUCUGGGCCUUCGGCAUCCCGGCAGCUCUCUACGGAUACUUUGUGCCUUACGUUCACCUGAUGAAGCAUGUUGAGGAGCGCUUCGGAGAAGACGCCAACAAGGAGGUUCUGCUCAUGUGCAUCGGCGUCACGUCCGGCGUGGGCCGCCUCAUCUUCGGCCGGGUGGCUGACUACGUACAGGGGGUUAACAAAGUCUACCUGCAGGUGUCUUCGUUUAUGGUCAUCGGCGUGAUGUCCAUGAUGAUCCCUCUGUGUCAUGUGUUCGGGGGGCUGAUCGCGGUGUGUCUGCUCAUGGGCCUGUUCGACGGCUGUUUCAUCUGCAUCAUGGCCCCCAUCGCCUUCGAGCUGGUGGGCUCUCAGAACGUGUCCCAGGCCAUUGGCUUCCUGCUGGGCAUGAUGUCUGUGCCCAUGACCGUGGGGCCUCCUAUUGCAGGGUUCCUGAGGGACAGGCUGGGGAGUUAUGACGUGGCCUUCUAUUUGGCUGGUAUCCCGCCUAUCGUCGGUGGGGCUGUGCUGUGUCUGAUCCCCUGGGUGGAGGCUAGGCGUAUCAGGAGAGAGCAGGAGGAGGCAGCCAAAGAUGGCACCCAGGAGCAGAUGCUGGAGUUCAAGAGGAACAGUGGGGGUCAGGGAGAUGCACUAGCAGUGAAGACCGCAACCCCUGAAUCUGUCAUCUAAGUCUCCCAAAACACACUCAAAACACAGAUGCAUCUUGACAUAUUCAUAUUCACUCGCAGGAACUUGGAACUGCUGAUUUAUCGUAUUUUUAUAUGAAACAAGUAUAGAUUAAAUAUGUAUUGACCUGUGUAUGUGUAAACAAUAUUUUAAUAGCUGCUUUUGCAGGAGAAUGUGGGGCAAAUGCUGAAGUAAUACUACAUAUCAGUUACACAUAGAUACUCAUAGAUACUCAACAAACACAAUUGAACAUGAAGGUGAUCUUGAAGAGCUAUGCAUCUGAUUGUUUUCCAAUCUUGCAGCUGUUGAAUUAACUUGAAGGUUAAAAUGGAAAAUGAGAAUCUCACUUAUUUUAAUAUUUCUUACAAGGGAACGCACACUUUACUUGGGUGCUCUUUGAAGUCUGCAACUACUUAUUUACAUGAGAAUAAGCAGUGGCCAGCCUCGCUAGAAAAUUCCCUCGUUUUCAAUGUGCAUUUUUUUUUUUAAGGGCAUUGCCGAGAAAUGUUCAAUACAAGCUUGAAUAUAGUUUUUAGGCUUUGCAGAAUUUUGAAAAGAAAAACAAACUAGAUUUAAAUAUAUAUUUCCAAGAAACGCUAGGGACAUAUAAUUAACCAUAUAUGGUAAAAGAAACUGUAAUAUAUCUAAAAAUAAAAAAUAAAUCAAAUUAUCCCAUAAGUAGUAUAGGUAAGUAAAGUGUGUUUGGGACACAGAUGUUGCUUGUCUUGACAACAGUAUAACAAAGAAUCUACCGCUAAGUAGAAUUUAACUGGGGGGGACAGCUGCUUUUUAAAAGUCAAUCCUUUUCUGUUUAUAGCACAGAGUGAUCUGUGGGGGAUUGAUACUCUCUUAAAACAUGCCAAGAUUGUGAAUUUGUGAGUAAUGAGGUAUGACCUGACCAUACAAUAUCACUUCAAAGAAGUGCUUUAUGAGAUAAUGGGUGGGGAGGUAGUUAGUUCCUAGUGGUUGUAGGGCUUACUAUUGUCUUAGUUUAAGGUCACCUUGAAGGUGCUUGAGCAUCUCAAGGGAGCAGCUUGAAACACAAUUACAGCGUCCCACCCAUGAAAUAUGAAACGUCAUCUCAAGGCUGCAGUACUCUGGACCUGAAAUAAGCCUGACUUUACCUGAAGCCGUGUUCAGUCGUUAGUAUCUCUGAUACAGUAGAACUUGAAUGCGCCGUACACAGUGCCUGAGAAUCCUUUUCAGUGUUUUUGAACCAGAACCACCAUUGUCAUUUUGUAAUCAUUAGUUUAUAGCGGCUCAGAACAGGAUUCUCAAACGGAACGUCUGCUUGUCUGACUAUGCAACGUGAGUAAAGGAUGAACGUCACUGUUGAUUAUAUAUGAGGAGUAAUUGACAUGAAACGGAGAUGAAUGAAUUAUGAAUAGAUUUUCGAUUGUUGAUGGCAGUAUUUUGUCCAGCACAUAUAGGCUAGUAAACCAAUGUUAUAUUUUCAUAUCUUCUAAUUGUAGUAGGCUCACUCUGUCCACCAUAUUUCAAAUGUAAUUUGAUAUGAAAUCAUUGACAAAUGUGACCAUUAGUCAAGUUAACCAUUGACUAUGUGUGCUCAGUUCAUUAGCCUUUUAUUAGGAAAAAUAUAUUUGUUUUAAUGAUAUUUUUCAUAUUUGUAUUUAUUUUUUUCUAGAAUUUGUUUAGCGGCUGAUGUCAUGCCAUAAUUAAUUGGUGCUUUCCUUUCUCAUAUUAUUUGACGUUUUGAAGACCAAAACAACCUUUUGUAUUGAUUAUUUUGGGUGUGCCCUUGAAAUGUAAAGAAAAUGGCUGAUUGUCUAUGGUCAAUACUAUUUGCCAAAGCACCACCCUCAGGAUAGUUUAUUAGGCCUUUCAAACAUGUUAUGUUUCAAAUCACCCUCCUGAAUUUCAACAAUCAUUGAUAAUUAUAAAGAUUGCUCUUGGAGAACUUGAAGACCCACAACUUUUACAGAGUAGGAUUUUGACUCGACAAUCCCUUGACCACUAAGCACGCAGAAAAGUCAUAACUUAUCAAAAUCCAAACUAUCCAGCUCUGUAGGUCAUUGGUUUCACCAAGGCAAGACUUGUGACACAAUCUACCUCGGAUGUCAUGCAAAUUUCUAGUGUUUUGUCCUACACAGUAUUUGCAGGACAGAACGAGGCUUUCAGUUCAAACCAUUACGAAACAUGACCAUCGCGUGUUGUUUGGGCAAUAUUUCCCUUCCACUGUGUGUCUUUAUACAGUCGAUAUCCAAACAUUAGGAGAGACUCUGUAAAAGUGUCUUCCGGCUUCCUAGCCAUCACUGUUUGCUCUGAACGGGAUUGCUGCCUAUCUGUACUACAGAAAAGUGUUUGUCUGAGAAGUACGGUACUUCGGUGGAAUUUUGUGACCAGGGAAAUUAAAAUAAAAUGAUUAAUUCUGAGAAAAAGUUGCUAUCUUGAACUUAAAUCUUGCUUUGGGAAUGAUCUGUUUUUUUUUUUAAUGCUUUGAAUUUCCAGUUUAGAUGUAGUAUUUUUUUCUAUCGAUGUGAGAAUUAGAUAAUACCCAUGUCACAAGGAAUGUUUCGGAUACAUUUUUUGUUUCGUUUUUCUAACCAAAGUUCAUAUUUUAGUUAUAAUUGCUAUAUUAUUAUUCUUACUUUACAUCCUAGACAUACGCAGUUGCACAAUUCACCGAUGAAAGCCUCAGGUAAUUUCUCAAGUAAUAGAAAUUCCUGAAAUUGUACCCUGGAGCUUUUACUGAGAUACCUCUUUGCCAUACACAUCUUUAGUAAUUAUUCAUUACAUUAUCUCGUACUGAAUUAAUUCCUUGGCAUCCAAAGAAGUUUGUCACCUUUUGGGAAUGUCCCAGUAUUUUAGAUCCUAUGAAGAGAAUUUAAAGAUUUAGUUUAUGCAUGUUAUAUUUUUUGUUUAGUGUCUAAAGUCUAAAUUCAACAGCAUAUUGUUUGAAAUGAUUCAAUGAGCAUGUUUCUAGUUACAUAUGCAGGUUAUAUAUAGAUUUUAUUCAAACUCUUUUGCUCUUCACAGGUGUAAUUCCGAGUGUAUAUCUAUGCCUAAUGCAACUAGAGUUCUACCACACUGUAAUGUCACAAAAAAUCUCAACUUUGUGGCUUUCACCCCAUGUUAUGUGCAUUGUUCUUCUCUCAUUUUGUUGUUCACAGUUUAUUUCUUUACACUAUAUGUAUUUCUUUACAGAUACAAUAUAUAUAAAUGUCUUUCAAAUACACUUUAUAUUGCUGAUCAUUAAAAUCUCUUUGCUUUAUGUAGUUAUUUCAUUUGAUUGCUUUUCUAAUUGCCUUCAUAAUUUUCUUGCAUUAUUUAAUGUUUUAAUUUGAUUGUAUGAUAUGUAAUAUGUCAUGGUACUAUGUACAACUGAAAUUAAAGUACAUUUUUAACAAA